AUGGAAGCAAAUCCUGCUUUAUUACACCUCAUCCGUGACUGCUGGACGGAACGCCCCUCUGAAAGGCCACCUAUAACUAUGGUGAAGUCGAAUUUGAGAUCCAUGAAUUCUAACAGAAGUCAAAACUUAAUGGAUUACGUCUUCAAUAUGCUCGAACAGUAUGCUUCCACACUAGAGGGAGAGGUAGAGGACAGAACGAAACAGCUGGCGGAAGAACAAAAGAAGAGUGAUGUUCUGUUGAAUCGAAUGCUACCAAGGGAAGAAUGGAUACGAUCAGUAGCAGGCCGCGCAGUUGCGUUUACCACAACCUUUGCCCCAUCCGCAAACCCCUGGUACCCGAUGCAGAUGAGAAAUUAG